AUGAGUAUGACAACAACAAUAACAACAACAGUAACGUCUAAUACAAGCACACAUGUAAUACAUUCUCCAGAACAAUUAGCUGCAAUUUUUAAGGAUCCAAUUGUAGUCAUUCGAUUCUAUCAGUUUGGUUAUUUGUUUACAUUUUUACUUGGUUUUCCUGGUAAUAUAGCUAGUUUAUUUACAUUUUCACAACCAACCUUACGAAAAAUAUCAACUGGAUGUCUAUUUCUUCUCUUGGCUAUUUCGGAUACAGUAUACUUACUUAUGUAUGUCCUUGAUUGUUUGGAAUUCGGUGUGCAGAUUCAUUUCUAUGGCCACGGUACAUACGAUCAGCUUUGUCAAUUUCGUACAUUCGUAAAGUAUAUAUCUCAAGUUACUUCAGCAUGGAUAUUAGCGAUAGUUUCUGUUGAUCGAUGGAUUCGAACUCGAUUUCCAUUCAAAGCUGGUUCAAUGUGUACACCAAAGAAAGCUCUGAUCGCUGUUGCUGUAGUACUUGUGGUAAAUAUGGCUCUUUAUUCGCAUAUAUUAUUUCCUAUGUUUGGAACGCUAAUACCUGGUUUUUCACGUGCAGCAUGUGGACCUAAACUAAUUUAUACUUCGUACUCAGAAUUUUACUUAUUGCAAUGGGGUAUUAUUCAGAUUUUUACAGGUUGCUUAGUGCCAGCUAUUACAAUGUUUACAAUUCUCAUUGAUAUAUCUAUCAGUAUUCGUGUUCGUAAAAGAAUGAUAAUUCAACCAAUACACAUUUCUCGUGAAGAUAACAACAUGAAACGACAACAAGAUCUUCAAAAACAAAUGUUCAUUCUUAUGUUUGCAAGUAUUUGUAUUUUUCUGAUUACUUCUCUUCCGUUGGCUAUUUAUAAAAUAAUAUCAGUACGACAAGAAAAUCUAUCAUUGGCUGUUUUUCAUAUGGUUAUUAUUUUGACAGCUUUAACAUGGUUUCAAAGUCUUUUUUAUGCAGUCAAUUUUUAUUUUCAUUGUCUUGGUUCAACAUUAUUCCGUAAUGAAUUCAAAAAACAAUGCCAACGUAUAUGGAACACACGUCAAUCUCAAGAUAGAGUUAUGGAAAAUACAACUGCAAAUCAACGCAUUCAAACCCAUAUAGUGCCGACGAAAUAUUAA